AUGGCCCCUGCCGCGCUGGAUAAUGCGAAUCCUACCAUUUUGAGCGCCUCACAGCUACCGACUCGCCAGAAGAAGGCCGCUCAUCGCCACGGACCGGACAGCAGGUAUUCUGACAUCAUCUUGUCCAAGCCAGCCUUCCUAUCGCAGCCAUGUUGCGAUAACGGGGUGGUAUGGCCCCGCGGCGAUGACGCCGUGAACCAUGAUCAAUAUGCCCCGGAACCCAUUGACGAGCAGGAGAUUUACGACUUGAUUGCCACCAUUUCGGAUCCUGAGCACCCCGUUUCACUAGGGCAGCUCUCCAUCGUCAACAUAGACGACAUCCACAUCACUCCUUCUCCAGCCCUUGGCGUACCCGAUGCCAACACCAUCGUCCAAGUGACGGUUGAAAUUACCCCUACUGUCACGCAUUGUUCGCUCGCCACAGUCUUGGGGCUUGGCGUCAGGGUUCGACUGGAACAGUGCUUGCCACCAAACUACCGCGUCGACGUCCUUUGCAGAGAAAAUACCCACAGCCAAGAUGACCAGGUGAACAAACAGCUUGCCGACAAGGAGAGGGUUGCUGCGGCUCUGGAAAACGACUCUCUGAAAGGAGUUUUGGAUAAGAUGCUUGAAACGUGCGUUUAA